AUGGAUAUUUGUGAAUACUUUGUGGAAAACUUCCAAAACUUGUCGUCAGGGACAGCUCCAUGGAUACACAAAAUGCGAUCGUCGUUUUCGAACUUCAAUAGAAGAUUGACUUACGGCAAUUCAUUCGACUUUGGAGAUUUUGACAGCUGUUUAGAGACGAAAAUCAAUAAUUCAACUGCUGUUGGAAAGUAUUGUCUCAUAAAAUACACAUCUGAUGACGUAAUUCCAGUUCCACCAUAUCGAAGCCCUUACAGCUACGAAUGGACAAAGCCAGAAGAAAGUUUUGGUGGUGCGGUUUGCAUUCCAAAUGUUUGUAGCGAUGAAAUAAUUACUUCCUUGACAAACCAAUUAUUUAAUGGAACAAACCAGAAACUAUCAAUUGAUUAUAAGCAAGAUAAAUUCUGUCAGGUUCAAACUACAGUACCGCUUGAAGCUAGAGACUAUUUAGUCAUCUUAAUUUUCCUCCUCUACAUACUAUUCCUAGUUAUGUGCACUUUAAGAACCAGAAGAAAUGAUGAAAAGUCGAAUGGAUUUCUUGCAGCCUUCUCAGUCAGAAGGAAUCUUGAUAAACUUUUUGAAGUUAAAAUUUCUUCAUUUAACGCAUCUUUUCAGUAUUUCAGCGUAAUCCAGACUUGUCUUUAUACUGGAAUGAUCUUUUUCCAUUCGUAUUUCCUUCGAGCUUAUUAUCCUUUGCAAAACUCAGAGAAAAUGUUGAAAUUCUUAGACAGUCCUCUUACGACUUUGAUAUCAGUGCUGCCACAUGGACUAUUGGGAUUUUUCAUAAUUAGUAGUGCACUUACUGCUAAGAAGGUUCUUGUUUUAUUGGAAAGAAAAUCAUUCAACUUUCUCUCAAUGGUGAUUGAAAGAUAUGCUCGAACUAUGUUUGUCGUUUUGUUUGUGAUGCUAUUCUCACUUUUCUUUGACCAUCUAAAAAUGUAUCAAGCUCCAUUCUAUUUGCCUGAUCAAACUACAAAUGGUUGCAAAAAAUAUUGGUGGAGGACAUUGCUGCUUAUUGUCAACUAUUAUGAUUAUGAGGAAGAGAAUUUGUGCCUUCCACAUUCCUGGUUCUUGUGCGUUAACUUCCACUUCUUCGUUCUUACGCCUCUCAUCAUUUAUCCAAUUUGGAAAUGGAGAAAAUCAGCUUGGGUCAUUCUUCCAACAUUGCUAGUCGGUGCACAAGUAAUCAACUAUUUUUAUGUUGUGGAUAAUCAAGCUACUUUGGAAAACAUCAAUUUCUAUUCAAUCUCAAAUAAAAACUUUACGAGUUUCUAUUCUCAAACUCACUACUUGGCCUCAGCAUGGAUCGUUGGAAUGGCAUUAGGAGUUAUAUUCCAUCAAUAUAAGAAAAUUAAGAUUAUCAGACCUGUCAAGCUCCUACUCCAAGCCUUCAUCUACUAUGUGCUUAUUCAACUGCUAGUAUUGAACUUAAUUUUCGGACCACCAAAAUUCAAUGUUUAUCUCUUCACAUUCUUCAGGCUUAUAAUUUCACUUUUUAUUGGAAGUAUCAUGUUUCUUUGCAAUUACAUGCAUAUUGAUGACACAUUAAAGGAAAUGCAAAAAUCAACUCCUGUUAAUUUAUUAUGGAUUAUUAUUGAUCGUAUUGGAUUGUCGUUAUACAUUAUUCAGUUGCCAAUUAUUUACAAUGCCAUGUUGAACAGGAAGCAACCAAUUCCUUAUGAUGGAUUUCUGAUUUUCCUCGAUUUUAUCGGAGAUAUGAUUUCAUCUAUUGUAUUUGCCAUGGGUUUAUAUUUAGUCAUAGAAGAGCCACUGAAUCAAUUUACAAAGAAGGUUUUAGCUAAAAUUCAAGGAAAACCAAUUUCAUCGAAUCAAGCUGAAAAUGAACCAAGCGAUGACUUUCCUUUGAACUAA